AGUAGAAGAGAUCCGGUACUUUUCCUACUCCCUCUGGGAGCAAUCGGGAGUUAAACCUAAGGUAAGGACCGGACUUUCAUUUUGGUUGGCUGGAACGAGUGCUUGAAUAGUCCCUUUUCCAAUCAAAACAUUAGUUUCCAGACUUUUCCGGCGAGGGCUACUUUGAAUGAAACAGGCCUACCCGUAGAGUUAUCCUUUCCCAACCUGCCUAUAAGAUAGCCCGACCGGUGAACAUUCUUACAAACCCUUUUACGAAGCCUUUCUAAAUUAAAUGUUUCACGAGGAUUGAAUUUAUGAUGGAAUGUGCAAUCUAACCUUCCCCUUCAGAAGUACUGGAAUACAAAAGAAUUCGGGUCCUGCCACAGUUAAUAAACUCUUAUCCCUUGGUCUAGGCUUUGAAAGGGCACAGCUAAGGAAUAGUCACGAGGAGUCAAAAUACUUCUUUCUUUGUGGCUGCGUUCACAGUUGAGACUCUUCUCCAUCCGUAAGCUGUUUACUGAGCAACUUUAUUCUGAACUACGUCCACCUUCUACGCCUUUGAUCCGGCCAGUGUAACCUCCCGACUUGCUUGCUCUAAUCCUUUCCAUGUCGAUCCUGCCAAGGAAAGAUCCUGUGGUGUAAUAGAUUGAAACUAAGUAUGAAGGUUCGCAUAAAGCACUUUGUAGUUUUCCUAGUCAGCCAGUGAAGUGAGAAAUCAUCCUUCUUUCUAGUCUUAAUUAAGGGGAGCCUAUAAAAUAUCAAUUCUACUGUAAGACAGCCCUGUUGUCUUCCUUACGGCUUGAGUUAUCUUUUCUGUCUAGAUGAGGUCCCUUUCCGGGGGAUCUGGUGUAAAGUUGGACUUUCUUUCCUUGUUUCAGGGUUUUAAAGUGGAUAUGGCAAAUCCCUAUACUUUUUAUUUUUAGCAAUUUCAUCCUUCUCUAUCUCUUUUUUGGGACUUCUCUUAUAUACAUGCCUACCUUAAUAUACCCCUUGCCCAUUUCAUUGGUUGUUGGGGUCCAUGCGAGAGAUUUCCUUGCCUUUUGAAGCAAGAUUCUUAUUUCCUUGCCAGCAAGUUCACAUUAUGAUUUCCUUUAUAUAGAUACUAUUUUACUGAUGAACUUUGUAGCCUAUGCAGUGGGAGAUCCAGUUUCAAUAGUGGCAUUCAUUCCUUCUGUCUGCCUUCGCGAAAGUUGUUAUAGUUGCUUUCCUUUCAGCAAGUAGGCGACGCUUUUCUAUCUUGAAAUCGGAUACCUAUUGCAUGCGAAAGCCAAGAGAUGAAUUGACUCUUGCAGAACAAAUUCUAGUAUGAUAUGAAUCGUCUCCAAGCUUAAGUUGGCCUGAGUGGUAACAUAAAAGAUCAAGACAAGGUUGGAUAGCCUCAAUUUGAUCAAAAGAAGCUUCUGCGAACAAAAAGACAUCAUCAGCAAAGAUCAAAUGAGUGAUAGGCGGGCAGUCUUUAGCAAUCCGAACAGGUCUCCAAUCCCGGCACACUCUCCAUAAUGAUAUGAUUCAACUUACCAAUGCUAAUGAAAAAAAAAUAGGGUUUUUGUCUUUCUUUGUUCGACUUACAGCUUAGACUAUCAACUCAAGCUCCUUCUCGUAAGAUCCCCCUACCUUAUUUUAUUUCUCGACACCAGAACUGAAACUGCUAUAAGUCACCCUUACCUCCUGCUUUAAGUUAAGGAUCGGCCCUAUUACAGUAAGGCCAAUACACCAUUCCCCUUUUCUUUUACAGAGCCUCGAGACUGAAAGGGAAGAGAAAGUCAAACAAUAGUCAUUCGGUUUCUUACUGGUGAUGUGAAAUAGUGAACUCCAAGUACUACUGCCUCAAGCAAUCAAUCUCUUGUAAGGCUGAAAGCAAGACACCUUAAACAACUACAAGAAAGUCAGACAAGAAGAAUAGGUUACAAGUCCGGACUGAAAUUAAGCCUGUAAAAAGAAAAUAGGGCAAUAAAACAGUCUAGUUCUAAAGUAAAGAAGGGCAUUCUCUAACAUCCGAUUCUGGCUUAUCUUCUGAUCGAGUGAAUGGGGAACGAUCUAUUUCUGGUUGUUGUGGGAGUUUCCCGUUGAGUUGAGGCAAGCUUAGCCACCAGCCCCCUUCCUUAUACAUAGGAAGCUCUUGGGGAAAACUUUUGACCACGUAGCGGUCUCCGGAGAAGAAAGCCAGCCCCUUAGGGUUAAUGACGCGAUGGGCAAAGACAAAGGAAUAUGGUAGAAGGAGUACAACAAGCUCUCUCUCCCAUUGGUAGGCAGAAGACAGGGGUGACGGAGGGAACUACUAAAGGUGUGUAUAAGUCCUACAUACUGUGUAUGUUAGACUGUCCAGCUUCGCUAUUCACUAAUAGACUGAAAGACGCAUAGUUUUUUGAAGGAUGUAUUAAAAGUACGGUGAAAGCAGUAUCCCAAUUGUUAAGUCAACCAUAAAGGAAUCGGCACACAUGAAUGACUUUCAUUCAAUACUUCCCCGGCCCGGGAAACUCUACAAGAAUUGGUUUAAUCGAUCGGUCUGAGAUCUGUGCUCUGUCCACAUUCAUCUCUGUCUUUUCAACAAAAUGGAUGUUUUAUUCCGGUCUCUGGUCUCCGGCCUUCCCCGUUAUGACUUAGAGCAGCUUUCACGUCUAAUAAGUGACUUGCGAAUGAAUGGCCGGGAAUCAGACACGUAUAGAUCCUUUCUCUAUUUUUAUGUGACCCAAAAAAAACGCUUACCGAAAAAUAGAAAAGAAGGACAAGUUAAGUUGGUUUGAGGACCCGUUGGUCAAAGGAAAGGGGGGAUCCUGGGGACGGAGCCGUAUGACGCGAGAGUGUAUACUCUUUUUCUCAGGCAGCGCCUAAAAAAAUGAAAGAAGGUAUGAAGAGUGGUAAAGCCUGAAAGGAAAGUACGAAAGAGGGGAGUUGGCUUCUAAAGAUGGACAGUAAGGAUCGCGUAAUAUAAAUUUAUCAGCCUCGUCAUCGAAAGCGGCUUCCAAUUGCUCGGAAAUGAUCAGUUAUAUGGGAGGCUUGGAUGGUGAGCAAAAACAAUUGAUCAAGAAGUUGGUCAACUUUCGCAUGAAAGAAGGUAAAAGAACAAGAGUUCGUGCUAUUGUUUAUCAAACUUUUCAUCGCCUAGCUCGAACUGAACGCGAUGUAAUCAAACUUAUGGUUGACGCCCGUCAGAAUAUAGAGCCCAUAUGCGAAGUUAAAAAAGUAGGAGUCGCUGGUACUAUUUAUGAUGUCCCUGGGAUUGUAGCCAGGGAUCGUCAACAAACCUUAGCUAUUCGUUGGAUCCUUGAAGCAACUUUCAAACGACAUAUAAGUCAGAGGAUAAGCUUAGAGAAAUGUUCAUUUGCUGAGAUACUGGAUGCUUACCGAAAGAGGGGAAUUGCACGUAAGAAAAGGGAGAAUCUUCAUGGAUUGGCUUCCACCAAUCGAAGUUUCGCGCAUUUCAGAUGGUGGUAAAGUGAGACCACAUAAAGAGCUCUUCCUCAUUCAGUCAGAUUCUUCAGUAAGAUAGGGUUCUUUUUUCCUUUUUGUUUGAAUCUGAAUAGAAUAUAGAAAGCCGGCUUCCUCAUACUCCUCCUCUUCAUUCAUUGAGUUGGAGGCUUAGUUAAGGAGGCCCGCCCGUUAUGCAUUGCAUGAAAGAACCUUUCUUUUCUUCGUAUGACUUCUCUUUUGCCUCAGGUCGAAUGAGAAAGGGAGAUCAAUCAAAAAUAAAAGCCAUGAAUGAAGAAGUAGUGGGCCUUUCACCCUCUUUCGUUUGACUCGGGGAGCUGAGCUGAUCUGAUAAAUGCACUUCAAAGGGGGGGAAGCUAGGUUUCCCAUGUUGGUAUGGCCGGGCAUAAAAGAUUUGGUUGUUAGG